UUUGAGGAUGAUUUGAAGAUCACAAAGAUGUUCUCUGGUGAGGGCGAGAGUGUAGACUUCAAGGAGACGCUGUACCCCACAGGAAAUGUUGAGGACUGGAUGUUGGAGAUUGAGCGCUGCAUGAGAGAAAGUCUUCGGCUAAUCAUCAAGGAGGCCCUGGAAGCUUACAAAGUUAAACCAAGAACAGAAUGGGUACUCGACUGGCCUGGUCAAGUGGUCAUUGCCUGCUGUCAGACCUACUGGACACAGGAGGUCACUGAAGCUCUGGAACAGAACAAGGUCAAGGAGAUAUAUGAAAUUAUGUUGAAACAGCUGGAUGACCUGAGACUCCUGGUGAGGACUGACCUGUCCAAGAUCGGACGACUGACCCUGUCUGCCCUCAUCGUCAUAGAGGUGCAUGCCCGUGACGUUGUCCACAGAAUUGUCGAGGAGGAGGUGAGCAAUGCCAACGCCUUUGAGUGGAUCAGUCAAAUCAGAUACUACUGGCUGGAGGAUGAAAACCUGUACAUACGUGCUGUUAACGCCCAGUUUCCCUACGGUUACGAAUACCUAGGAAACACCUUCAGACUGGUCAUUACACCGUUAACUGAUAGGUGUUAUCUCACCCUGACUGGAGCUCUCCAUCUCAAAUUCGGAGGAGCUCCUGCCGGGCCCGCAGGAACAGGAAAGACUGAGACAACAAAGGAUCUGGCCAAGGCAAUGGCUGUACAGUGUGUGGUGUUCAACUGUUCUGACCAGCUGGAUUUCAUGGCUAUGGGCAAGUUCUUCAAAGGACUGGCGAGUGCGGGAGCAUGGGCGUGUUUUGACGAGUUCAACCGUAUAGAUAUUGAAGUGUUGUCUGUGGUGGCACAGCAAAUCGCUACCAUACAAAAGGCCCAGCAGCAGAGGGUGAGCCAGCACCUCAGACAGGGCUAGACCGUCAUACACUAGACUUUCUCUGUAACCAUCUACUGCAAAGCUGCACAAUCUUUCUGGGUCAAACAUUUUGCAAAUCCUAUCAAAUUCCUUCCCAAAUUUGCUAGCUAAUAUUUUUAAAUGAAAAUUUCUCAUUUAUGGAAACAUCCUACAAUUAAUGAUGGAAAUAAAUUAAAUUGCUUCUAUAUUUAAAAUCAAGAAAGGGAAAGGAUACAUGUGGAUUUGUAGAUAACUCACUAAAGGUGUGCAGUUUGUAUAUCCCAGUAGGUAGAUCUCUUCAUACUCUAUUUUACAGCUCUACAUACUUCUACGGCUAAACAAAAACCAUUUGUGUUGUUCUGAAUACCAACAUUUCUUGGAAAAGUUUUUUAAUAUAAUAUAGAAAAAAAACCCAUAAAAAUUGGAGCUAAUUUCCAGAGUGUUUGUACCAAGACUACACAGAGGGAUUUGUCGGCCAACUACAUGUAUCAUUGCAAAGAAUGUUGCCCGUUGUUCCUAUACCUAACAUAUGUUACAGUGCAUAAAUAGUGGACCAUUAUGUAGGUUACAGUGUCAGACUUUCAACUCAUCAGCUGUUUACUUGUUUUUGUAAGGAAAAUCUGACAUUAUUCUUUUUAAAUUUGCUGCAAAUUUUUCGAAACUUAGAAACAUUCUCCCACCUCUC